UCCAAGUGGAUAUAAUUCAUUUAUUUCGUAUUCUGCUAUCGUAGUCUAGGGAUCUUUAUAACGAAUCGAAGCCAAGCGUAGUACUAAGGGAUAAAGGAAUACAGAGGACAUGGGGAAUCUGAUUGCUGUACCGUUUCCAUCAUCCUCAGUGACUUACCGACAUAUGGAUUACUACUAUUGAAGUAAUGUAUAGGGUCGUAUAUUGACACAUUAUUGACAACUUCCUGCUUUUAGAGAACAUCUCAGGAAUUAAUGGGAAAAUACCUCUCUGCCUGUGAGAGCCGUCGCAUCUCUAAAACGAGUUAGAUUUGUACACGUUAACUUCCACAGACGCCCAUCAUACGUUAUAGGCAUAUUCGUAGUCACGAAAAGUCGUUAAACGCACAUGGUGCAUUCACACGAUCAUAAAAUGCGUUUGCAAGUGGACAGUAGACGUUCAUAGACACCAACAAUUAGAAUAAAAGUAAGAAGACCAACACCAUUCUUGGUCCUAUGGUAUUUCAAUUUUUCCUAAGCGUAGCGAGGUCCGAUCUUAAAGGAUGAACCAACCCAGGGCACAUAUAAUUUAGAGCCUUGGAUUUGAUAUUAUAUUGCGUGACAGUUAGACUUAUAUUAUACAGCAAAACACAUUUCAGAUUGUAUAAGUUUUACAAUUAAGAUACGUGGCGUAUGAAUUGAAAUUCAGCUGUUUACUUCAAUUGUCACAUUACUUUCUCUAGCCACAAUUCUGCAGCAGGCAGUAGAGUCAUUUCUGAUGCUAUAAAUGUCUGAAUCAAGACCAUCAUAAUAAACUACAGCAGGAAUUAGUGACGGUUUAUUACAUUCUUUAUCGAGCUAUUGCAUAAAACCGAACGAAUGAAUGUAUUAGUUCAUCGUUUUGUAUGAUAACGACAUUGCUCUUCCUUAAGUGAUUAGUGAUAUGAGGGUGAACGACGAAGAUCUGAGUCGAGCUGAGAAUAAGUACAAUGAAAACAUUUUAUAUGACUUUAACUGGAAUUAAAACAGCAUAACAAAUCAAUAGAAGCCAAGCUGGAAAUAUCGCAUUCGUUAAAUAGAUUCCGUUUCUCAUUCCUUACAAUAGGUAACGAACAGACUUGAUGUGAGAAAAGGAAACGGGGUUAUUUAUGUAAGGAACCAUUUUGAAAUAUCAUAUCCAUCAUCAUGGCACAAGCCGGGCCUCCUAUUCCGACAAUCAAGGUGAACGCCCCAGAUAAGGAAGCAUCUUCUCCCAAGCAAAAACCAAAGGCUCCUAUGUUGAAACAAGCGUGGGAAAUUACAUCGACUCAAUAUGGAAGCCUCCCCAACUUAUUUUGUGAUAACACCCAAGUCACUAAACGUAUUUUCAAACAGGAUAGCCUUCAGGUAAACGGCAAGUCUAAACUAGCCACUAGUUGUGAAAAUGUACAUCAGAAUAAACUCGGAGUUUAUUGCACUCCUCGGUUGCCGAGAAGAAAUAAGGAUACAGGGGUUAUUGAGCACGGUGGGGAUAUCGCCUGGUUGGAUGCAUUUGACCCAGCGCGGUCCAUCAAAAGGAGUCGAUCUAGUACUGCAAGUUCGGGGACAUAUGAUUUUUUAGUGAGGGCGGUUAGUAACGUUUCUAUAUGCGGAUCGUCUGAUCGUGAUUUUGCGUUUAGUUCGUUCGAUCGCUGUAGUCUCCCCGGAGAAGAUAUAGAACCCGGUGUGUUCGGGACACUAAGGCGGGCUAAUUCGACCCCUGAUGCAAGCUAUCUUUAUUUACGAACAGGCUCCAAAAAACUCAUUGUCACUAAAAUGACACGCGAUGCACGAUCUUGCUCAAAUCUGAAGCAAAGUGACGAUGCAAACAUUCCCGAAUUGAAUCAUAAUGAGGUCGAUGUAAAGUUCAUAGAGGGAGAAGAACCCCAGUUUUUCAUCCCACCUUCAAACAUGUCCUUAUCCAUGCCUGUUUUUAGAGAGACCCAUGAUGGAGAAGGUAACCCGAAAACAUUCGAACAAAUGUACAGGGAAGCUUACGAAAGGAAUACUUCCACCAAGGGCAAGCUGAGAGAAACUAGUCACAAUAGCGCGGAAUGCAGAAUACAAAACUGGCUCGAAGGAUUAUCAAUGUACGAUCUUAGUAUUUCUAAACCUAUUGUACCAUUUACUGAAUCUCCAGAAGCUAAAGUUAAAGUUCCUAAUCUUUUGACAGCUGAGUCGGAAAAGGCAGAAAAUGUGAAAUCGUGAGCCGAAAUACAUAAGAGAGGUUUUACGCAGGAUGUUUUUAUCUACGCUUUUCGUGUACGUCUGAAGACAAGAGAUUUACUGUGUUUUGAUUUGGAAAUUUAUGAUUUAUUACUAAUAAAGCAAACAUUUCCUAUGGAGAAAUAUUA